UAUUCGAGCAAAGGAUUGUCAGUUGACAUGAAAUAUGGUGCAAUAUGGUGGAGUAGUGUUACGUCUCCGAUGAAACAACUCCGAUAUGUUAAAUUAAUCUUUUAUUUUGAUUCUUAUCUGGAUACUCCAGAAAAUAUUUUUAAACAAUUCUAGUCGUGAAUAUCCGGAAUAUUGUUUUAAACAUUCGAACUUCUUUGUCUUUUGUCCGGCGUUGCAGUACAAUUAAAUUUUUUGAUCGGCUUGUCUCAAAAUUCACAAAGCUCGUAUAUGUGUAAACAUCUUCAGCUGUUUCGUUCUGCCGAGGAAUCCUGGAUGUCUCUUUCAUAGUUAUUUACGAUUUUGUUGGGCGAGUUUCGAAAAUGAUUUGCUGUCAUUGAUGACAAAACAGACAAUAGCAGUUCUCUCUAAUCACAGUACGAAGACUUGCAACUACGUUCUGGCUAGAUUCUAUUUAUCUUAUUGACGAAAAUUUAAUAGUAUUUUUUUUCUCACAAAGUGGCUUAGCAAUGAAUCCAAUGCGUUCGACAACUUUCCGAGGAAAUGAGGAAUCAAGAUUAACACGUAACGAAGAUAAUAACACGUACUCAGUUUUACGUUCAAGAACUGAAGAAGAGAAGUUGAGACGUAGACGAGAAUGGCAACGCCAACAAGAACGAGAAAGACAACAUGAAAAAUUGAAACAGCAAAAGAUUUUAGAAUAUGAAAAGAAACGUGCACAAGCUUUAAAAUAUGCAAAGGAAAAAUCCUCGCGUCACAGUCGAAGUAAAAGCGAUAGUGAGUCUCCCUCUCAUCAUCGUUACAGAGAUAGAUCUACAUCAACUGCCUCCAAAUCUGGUAGUCUACAUGAAAAAUUGGAUGGGCCUACUAGUGGAAUAAUACCUUUGUUCAGAGGUCCUCAAAAUAUACAGAUCGAUCCUACAGAAUUACGUCGAAUUAAAGUUGAUAUUCAUAGGAAUAUUCCUGCAAAAGGAUCUGUUAUCGAACUAGAGAGAGAUAUACUUAAUCCUGAAGAUGUAAUCGUCAAGAGAAGAGAGGGAGAAGGAUGUAAACCAAUAUUCGAUAGGGAAGAAAUAAAAAAGGCUGUAAUCAAAACUAAUGAAGUAGAAGAACGACGUACAGUUGUAGCUGUAGAUAAAGAACCCUCAGCCUCGACGAUGAAAACGCAUACAUCGAAGAAACCAUCUUUAUCCUUGAGCCCUAUUAGGAAUCGUGUUUAUAAUUCUGGAUAUAUAUCUUCCUAUCAAUCCAGACAUCGUGCGGAUCUGAAACAUCAGGAUGGCAAGAUAGAAAAUCGGGAUAUUCGGAAAAAUGACGGGAGAAGCAGUAUAGAGAAACAUCGGGAAUAUAAAGAGAAAUAUACAGAAAGAGAUACAAUUAACGAUACUAAUCGAUCGCGUUCUAGAGAAUCACGUAAUUCACAUUCCAGGUCGUUUAUAGAAGAGAGAUCUUAUCGUGAUAGAUAUCGUGAGAGAUCAAAUGAAUAUUCUUACGAAAGAAGAAAUAGUGAUAGAGAAAGGGAUAGGGACAGAGAUAGGGAUAGAAAUAGAGAUAGGGAUAGGGAUAUUAGGGACAGGGACAGGGACAGGGAUAGGGAUAGGGAUAGAAAUAGGGAAAGAGAUAGGGAUAGAUCCAGAGACCGAAGGGAUGCAGCACCGCAUUAUAUUGAAUCACCAAUACCUGUUCCUAUCUAUUACAGUAGUUUUCCCCCAAGACCAAUCGUAGUAAGCCCUAUGGUUCCAUUAAGAGGACAAAUUCCUCCUAUGGGAAGAGGCAGACAUCCUACUUUAAUGGCGCCACUUAGACCAUUUCCACCACGAUUUGUUCCUCCGGAUAUGUAUAGAUUGGGACAUCCACCCUCAAAUCCAAGAUAUGGACCAUUUUGAGACGAGAAGACAAUUGACUAUCAUCUUGGUACUUUAGAUUAGAUGAUAUACAGAUAAUGUAAAACAAUAGAGGCAUAUAUUUUAGUUUUCACUUUAUUUGUGAAGAUAUCAUAACGAAUAAACAUUCGCCAGUUAUUUUCUAUUAACUAGGACACAUAUUCAAAUUUUGUACGCUUUGGAAAAUGCAAUUAGAAUGAAGGGUAUCUUUUCAUUUGAUGCUAGAUUUGAAUGUCAAAAUAGAUCACGUGAUCCAAGUUGAUGCUGGAUGAAUUUAAAGCUUAAAAUGGUCAUUUUAUCAGUCAGGUUGUUGAUCAAAUUAAGUGUAGUAUAUUAGGAUUUAUUAUAUUUUCUUUUGUUAGAUAUACAAUGAAUAAUAUUUCAAUUGUUACUUGUGAUUAAGCAGUAUAUAAUCAGAUUUUUAAUUUCCAGAAAUCAUUCUACAAAUCUCAGUGGUUAUUUCAAGAUAAAAUGAUAUUUUACGGCUAUUUUGAAUUUCAGUAUCAAAAGUCUAGUUUUAAAUUUGCCUUCCUGAAAGGGAAAUAUUACAGAGAAAAAAACAAAAUGUUUUAGGCCUAUAAAAAUUAGUUUUGACAUCGCAAUUGUAAAUAUAAUGGUAAUUAUUUACAUUGGCGAUUUCUCAUCGAUUUUGAUGACCUUUAAAUAUGUUGUCAGGGUCAUUAUUCCGAACAACUUUUUCCUGUACAUGUUUUCCUGUACAUGAAAUUUGAUCAGUCUACAAUGUAGAUUAUGUAGACUCUACAUGAUUGAGAAGUACACUUAACCGACACUUCUUCGCUGUGGUCACACAUACACACAUACACACACGGAGGAUGCAAGGGGGCCUUUGCUCCCUCCCCUCCUUCCGCACCCGUUUUGUCGGUAGGGAUGCCCUGGAUAGAAGUGCUCUGUGUACAACAGCAACGGUAUGUACUUUGUUGAUGAUAAAUUACGACUUAAUUGACAUAAUUAUUUCUGCACAAAAUACGCACCAUACUUUUGCAGACUUCCCGUAGGAAAAAA